AUGUGUAAUAUUUAUAUAUGUUUCCGUUUGUUUGCUGUUGUCCUUAUUUAUUUAUUGCUUUGUUUGAAAGGUCGUCUAGUAGUCAUGACGGAGGUUGCAGCAGCCAAGAAGGAAAAGAAGGCCCCACAGGAGGAGGUUGUUGUGCAGCAGACGGACCAGGCACAGGUUGGUCUCAUCAUCAAGGUGCUCGGACGCACCGGCUCGCGUGGCAAUGUGACGCAGGUUCGUGUCCGUCUCAUGGCAGAGGAGGGCUCACCGGAUGCAAACCGCACCAUUGUGCGUAACGUGAAGGGACCGUGCAAGGAGGGUGACAUGCUUUCGCUCAUGGAGACAGAGCGCGAGGCCCGUCGUCUGCGUUAA